CGUACAGGUGAUACGUUAAAAACGGUGCAUUCUCUAAUUACUCUGCUUCUUGUUCGAGCCCGAAAUUCCAUCCCAAAAACGAGGGCGAAACGCGCUUCGGCUGGCAGUGCUGGAAUUUUAAGUUGGAAAAACAUGGAGUUGAAAUGUGACCCAGAAAUUGGGUGACGGCAGUGAGCAUGCACAAGCAACGAAUGUAGUUUAUAUCUGCUGCGGGUUGUGGGUGGUUUUGAAAACACAGCAAGCAAACAGAAAUCUUUUAAUCAACGGAAAGUGCACCAACCCAUUCAAAGGCUUGAGCGUAAAUGGAAAACUGCAUUUUGCUUGCUUCGCACAACGGAUUCAGCUGCAAACAAUCCUGUUCAGACAUGCGUUGAAUGGUGCAGAAAAGCAAGACCCUGGAUAGUAGUGCGCUAGUGUUCUGCAUUUCUGCAAAACUGCCCAAACGGAACGAAGUGCAAAUAAAUGAUGAAUAAUUGUGUCGACGGGCUGGCGUGUGGCUGGCAAUAGUGCGUAAAUUAAAGUUUAAAGUGUGUGUGUGUGUGCGCGGUGAUUCACGUGUUUCUUUUUUUUUUGUUUGUCUUCACGGUGAAUGGAAAAUAUAUAUAAAUUUAUGAUAAUGAUUGCGCACCUCGCACCCACCGUAAGCGAAGCAAAGUGAUUCAUUCCCGUUUUUGCUGAGCGUGUGCACGUGUCAGUGUGUGAGUUUUUGGUUCAUUCAGCCAGUGAAAACCUUCUUCCCUUCAGUGCAGUUUUUGAGGCUUUUCGUUUUGUUUGGCAAAUGCAGCCAAAAUGAGGUAUGAAAAAAUUAUGGGAAAGCGUUAAAGUGUUGUGCCUCGGUGCGAGGUGUGCAGUGCAGUGUUUGUUCCGUUUGAUUUAUUGUUAAUUUGUUAAACAAGUGUGUUAAAGUGGGUGUGCGUGUGUUUGUUUGUGAGCUGAGCAGUGCUGAGAUGCAGUGUUUCGUCAGCAUUACCGCACAAGUGCAUGGUUAAGUGAGAGCCGCAGUUGCAGCAUAUAGCACUAUUGAGCGGAUCACUAGAAGCGGCGGAAGCGGCCAGCCAGACGACGACGCAACGCCACAUCUGCCACGAGCGCACAUCUAGCAAGGAGCAUCAGCAACUAGUAUGCUCCCGGAGGAAUAAACCCAUUGCAAGGACUCUAAGGAGAGAAUGUUUCCAUAGCAAUGGGAAAAGCCGCGCGACGGUCAGUUGCGUCAGAUCCGUCGUCGCCGACCUUACCUUACCACUACCAGCAAGAGCAGCAGCAGCAGCAGGGACAACACCAUCAACGGCAGGUGCACCAGCAGCAAGAGCACCUGUACUAUUCCUCGUCCCUGUCCUACCCCUCCUCCUACACGCCUUCGUCACCCUCCUCGCCGUCGUCGUCCUUCACGGACUCCGGUUUCACCGGUUCCGGCUACCCGAUACCAUCGCUUGCCUUUUCCUCGACUCCCGCCGGUCCGCAGCUGCAGGCACCGCGCACAGCGACCCUCCAGUCGGCACCGCCGGGUUACAGCUCGUCCUCGCUUGCACCGGGCGGAGCGGCCGAGCCCGGGUCCGGGGCGAGUGAACUGUUCAUCCAUUCGUCUACCGCGGCCACACCCAACAGCAACAUCACACCGGAGUUCAGUUCUACCGCCAAAGCGAGCUCGGUGCCCCGGACGGUCACUUACGCCGCCCCCGCUGAACCGACCAAGACUGGACCCCCGGUCACCUCGGUGUCUACCCCGCCUGCCACCACCACCACCAACACCACCCAAGCCACCCUGUUACCGUCGUUUCGUCUCUCCAGCAACCAAACGCAGGUCGACCGGGAACGGGAGCGGCUCAGGAUGGAGUUUUACGCCACGUACGACGUGAUGACGGGCGUCCGGAUAGCGGCCACGCUCGGCGGUUUCUUCGGCCUAAUGGUGUUCCUCGUCAUCUACAAGAGCCGCACGCGGUCGACGGCCAAAGCACUCAAGGAUCCAACGAUAGCGGCCGUCGCGGCCGCCGUCAUACAGGAGGAGGAGGAGCGCGAGCUACAGGAAGCAAUAGAGGCGACGGCAUUCUCGUUACUGCAGGAGGAGCUCAACAUCAACUACCCGGGGCUGCAGCGGGACCGCUUACUAUCGCUCGGGAACAUUAGCGCCCCUCCGAUGCUGAGCCGCGGCCGCCGAAUGUCCUCGAUCAGCGGUGGCUACAGCAGCCUGCUCAACCCUUCGCGCCGCUUCUCGUACAGCAGUACGCGGGGGCACCGGAACAGCGUGUCGGUGUCCUCGCGCGUGCUCAGUGCCUACAACAUGGGCGGCAGCUUCGGCCAGGACGAUUACGUGCUCGAAAGCGACGGCGAGGAGGCGGACGACGAGUUCGAUCAGUUCACCACGACGGCCGAGAUUGGCUAUCCGAGCAAUUAUCUUUCCGUGCCGAACAAGUGCAACGAAUCUCGCCGCAGCAGCGCGAUGACAUGCUGCAGUACGGAGAGUUCCUUCCUCGAGCGGCGAUGCUCCGCCAUCACGCUCGGCCUUUCCUCGCUACCACCGAUAUCGCGGUCACCGUCGCGGCAGCAGAGCCGCGACGACACGACCGACUGGGAACCGUUCUAUCCCGGCAUCAACAUCAUCGAAGCGACGCCCAAAUCGUCGCCCUGCCCAAGCGAGCGGAUAGCGCACCGGGGUCACCACCACCAUGGUGCCGAUUCGGACCGGCCCUCUACGAGCCGGGGCAGAUCGGCGAGCCAGUUUCUGACGCCCCAACCCUCCACCUCCUCGGGGGGGACGCGCGUGAUCGCACCCGCGUACGACGACGGCUCGAUCGACUGCAUUUCGGAGUAUCCGGUCGGCAGUGGGCUAGAGGACGGCUUCGGGUACCGUCCGACGCGACAACGAGCACAGCCGAGCACGUCCGGCACCCGCCCGUACAGCAACGGACGACCGGCGGAUGACGUCAGCUUAGCGAACGUUGGCAUACUGCUGCAGCGAUCGGUGGCCGAGCCUCGCAGCGUCACCGCGCACGCGACGAACAACAGUAGUAAUAGCGCAAACGUUAACCACAGCACCACAGCGGUGCGGCGUGCUCCGCUAGCAUCGCUCAGUUCCUUCAAGAUGUCGUCGAUCGACUGUCAGGACACGGACCCGAAGAGUGGCGGUUCCGAUUCGGUGUUCGGCGAGGACAGUGGGGCCGACACGGACGAGGAUCUGCAGCAGUUCAGCACGGACAGUGACGAGCUGAGCCUGACGAUGCCGUACGAGGAGGACGAAGAAUCGCACGGUGGCCAGCAGCGCGUGCAGCGAACCGGAGGCCGCGGCUCGCUCUACCGGCGACAGUCAACGUUGGCGCAGGGCGACGAGCUGGAGGAGGAGGAGGAAGACGGCGGUACGCUGCUACCCUGCGGCAACGACCGUUCGGUGUACGAGCUCGAGCACGAGCUGGACGUUCGGCAGCAGCAGCUGCUGCACCACCAACCAACAACCGAUACUAGUUACUUAAGUAGUCUUUCAAUUAGCAAUCGCUCCGGCAGCAAGGGCAGGGCGAGUGAGCGGGGCGUCCAGCCAGCGCCCACCAGCGGCCCUGGCGUGGGGAAACGCAUCGAAACGAAAGCAAUCAUCGAAAGACAGCAACCAAAUGACAGCAGCGGUCGUGGUGGCAGCUACACCGCCGGCGGUAGCAACCUGCAGCAGCAGCAGCAGCAGCGCCAGUCACCGCUCGGCGCCAUUCCCAAGGGGACGCGAACGACGACGACGACGGCGAGUGGGCCGCCACCGACCGUAAUGGUGCACCUGCCCGACGAUGAUCGGCCGAGCGGCAGCAGCAGACGGAGCGCAGAAUCGGAUAGCAGCUCCCGCCCGAGCAGUUCCGGCGAGUCGGCCCGCCAGCACCAGCAGUGCGUUGAGGUUAAUGUUAUCAUUAAGAACAGUAGCAGUAGCAGUAACACCACCAUUAAAAGUCCUUCUGUGAUUCUGGAGCUACCGAUACUGGCGAUCGACGAGGAUGACGAUCCGUCCUCGUCCGCGCCAGCCCUGUCGGCGAACGAUCCCUGCAUUCCGGGGCCCUCGCGCAAGUGGUCCAAGGAAACGCUCUUCUAGUCACGGGCGUCCACCAGUGCGUCCGGUCUGUGGACGACGGCUGCCACCCAGCAUCAUCUACCAGCUCCUUCCGGCAACGCACCACCACCCUCCUCCUCACACCCCCACACCGAUCGAUCUAUCAAUCCGUCCAGAAAAACUCCAAGCUUACUACGGCGGCUCAUUCUCUCUGGCACACAAGACUUCUUCUGCAACUGCACAUCUCUCGCGCUGCAACUGCUGCUAGCUAUCCCCACAACCGCGUAGUCGUGCCGUUGGAGAUGUUGACCACUUUCGUUGAA